AUGACAAGGAGAUUUAAACUCCAGCUCUCUAUGCCUUCUUUUCGCUUUUGUCGAUCCAAAAAAGCUUCUUUUUUGCCUAAAAGUCCAAUGCCAAUUUCACUAUACAAAUUUUCCCAUGCCAAUGUUCUUGAUAAUUCCCCUGUUCCAGUACCUCCUUCAACCCCACAUCACCCUUACAUAUUCAGAAAAGCUCACAACUUGGCACAUAAAACGUACAAUUCGCCGAGUUCUGAAUAUUCUGAUCGUGACAAUAACAACAUGAGAAGGGGAGAAAGUAAAAAAAGUAGGUUGAAUAUGAGUUUUUCCUCUGUUGAUAGUUGCUGGUUCAGUUUCAGUAGUGAAUGUUGUGAUGAGAAGCCUAAUGAUGAAACUGAAAGCUUUAUUUCUUCUCCAAGUUUUGAAUCUUCAUUCGAUGUGGAUUGUUCGAUAGACCCUUUAACCGGGAGAAGUAGGAAAAAGACUAAUAACACGAAAGUAAGGAGGCUCAAACGUUACAUUUCGAAUAGUUUUAAAGAUUCUAUGAUGCCAUGUAUGGCUGAUGGGAAAGUGAAUGAGAGUUUUGCUAUAGUGAAAAAAUCAGCAGAUCCUUACGACGAUUUCAAGAAAUCGAUGAAGGAAAUGAUAAUGGAGAAAGAGAUGUUUGAAGCAGAGGAUUUGGAACAACUUUUGCUAUGUUUUCUUAGUCUUAAUUCAAGACACCAUCAUGCAAUUAUUGUGGAAGCUUUCACUGAGAUUUGGGAAGAGUUGUUUGGUAAAUCUUCAAAGUCUAUGGAUCUAAAACUUCCAACAUUUUAA